GUGCGGCCCGGCGGUCGCUCAGGGUGAGUCAUCCACCCGUGCAGAGGCCGCUACAUGGCCGCCACCUGCGGCCAGCGACUCAGUCGACCGCCAGCCGCUGUUCAGAGCGUGCUACCAUCGCAACCGCAGGUCGUGCGCACACGUGAACCGGCGCCGACGCGUGCAGUGCGUGUGCCGCAGCGCGUAUAACACGGUGCGACCUCGGGUGUCGGCGCAGUCCGCCGCCAGCAGUGCUCGGGUGUGGUUCGCGUCGCCUCGCCGAGCGGUGACGAUCCAACAUGGCCACUCAGGGUCAAACAGAGCCGCGGCGGCCGGCCGCCAGUGCGCGCAACAGUGCACGGACUCUGGCGCUAGCAUUGCUCACCACUUUAGCACUUGUGCCGACUCCAUCGACCGGUGCUCCACCUGCAGUGAAGGCCGAUGUGCGACUGCCUCGCGACGUCUCACUUAAGGUCACCGUGCGGCCAUCAGUGCUGUCUCGUUCGAGGCGUGCGCCUUUCAUCGACGACGACGCGCUCAACAAGCUAAUGCACUACGGCUACCUGCCCGAGUCAGAUCGUGAGACUGGCGCACUACGCGACGAGUCUCAGCUGACGGACGCCAUCCGGCAGUUCCAGCGCUACGCCCACAUCCCCGAGACUGGUGUGGUGGACGAGCUGACGCGAAGACAGUUCGCCAAGCCGCGCUGUGGCCUGCCCGACGUGCAGCCGCGCGGCCGCGGCAAGCGCUACCGGCGCCGCCACAAGCGCUACGCUCUCCAAGGCCAGAAGUGGGACAAGACCGAUCUUACAUGGACCGUGGCGUCGCACACUCCUGACCUGGACUCAACGACCGUGUACCAUGAGCUGGCGCGAGCACUCAAGAUCUGGUCGGACGCCUCUGUGCUGACGUUCACCUACGUGCACAGCGCUGACGCCGACAUCAUUAUCAGCUUCCACACGGGCUACCACCAGGACGGCUACCCGUUCGACGGCACGGGCCAAAUCCUGGCGCACGCCUUCUUCCCGGGCACCGGCCGCGGCGGUGACGCCCACUUUGACGAAGCCGAGACCUGGAUCCUGAACCACGAGGAGAAGAAGCGCGAGGGCGUCAGCCUGUUCGCCGUCGCCGCGCACGAGUUCGGCCACUCGCUGGGCCUGUCACACUCGUCGCGCCAGGACGCGCUCAUGUUCCCGUGGUACCAGAGUGUGUCGGACGACGCCAAACUGCCCGACGACGACCGACUCGGUCUGGAACAGAUGUACGGCGUCUCCGGAACGGAACCACGUCUGGUGCCCAACCCCUACCCACCGCGAAAGCAGCCGCAGCCGCGGCCAACCCAGCCGCCGCGUCGGCGCACCACGACACGUUCGCCUCGCGUGCGGCCCACGCGACCGGAGCAGGCGCGUCCUGACGCGUGCGACACGCACUACGACGCAAUCAGCGUCAUCCGAGGCGAGACGUUCAUCUUUUCGGGCCAGUACUUCUGGCGCAUCAACCAGUACUCGGGCACGCACAAACCAGUGCCAGUCAAGAUCUUCAACUUCUGGUACGGUCUGCCGGAGAACCUCACCAAGAUCGACGCCAUCUACCAGCGACCACAUGACCACAAGAUCGUCAUCUUCAUCGGUCGGCAGUUCUGGGUGUACAACAGUAACACGCCAGAGGCCGGCUACCCGCAGCCACUGACUGCCCUCGGACUGCCCGAAAGCCUCGACGGCCUCGACGCCGCCAUGGUCUGGGGACACAACGGCAAGACGUACCUCUUCCGCAACGACAUGUACUGGCGUUUCGACGAGGCCGUCGGCCAGGUGGAGCUGGACUAUCCGCGGGACAUUAGUGUGUGGCACGGGGUGCCCUACAAACUCGAUGCCGCCUUCCAAUACGGCGGCCUCACUUAUUUCUUCAAGGGACGUCAGUUCUGGCGCUUCGACGACCGUCUCAUGCGAGUGCAAAGUCCAGUGCCGUCAUUGUCAGCCGUUAAGUGGAUGGGAUGUCCAUUGACAACGGCGCGUUCAGAUAAACUCUUUUCGGAGUCGUCAAGCGGCUCCAGUCUUUCGUUCGUUGCUGCCACCUUGAUAUCGGCGCUACUGACGACACGAGUGCUGCGCUAGCCCCGCCUCCACUGCCACCCUUUAUUUAAGACUUGUUGUGAUAUGUUGUGUAAUUUAAUGUGCAGCGAAAGAAUGAAAUCGCGACGGAACGAGUGACCGCAUGAGCGAGCGCGAGGAAUGAGAACAGUGCUACAUUUUCAGGACGGUUGAUCUGCCAAGAGCGUGUUGGUGACCGGAGCGAUGGAUGUGAUGUUCUUAUAGCGAGGGUGUGGAACCCAUCUCGGACAGACGGACCAAAGAGAAUGGAAGCGCCGUGUUAGAGCUCUUUGAACCCAGAUAGCACGUGCGGUGAAGCGCUGCAAAUUCGGAGAGCUACGCGAGCUUUCUCCCAAUCCUAGUCCAAGCGAUGUAUCGCCAGUGUACAUCCACGCUCGCUCUAUAUUUUUCAUUGGCGCAAUGCGUUUGCUUCAUUGUACUCACGUCAGUUUAUAGACAUCUUGUGAUCAAGGAGGAAACAUAAUAAACUCAUAUAUUAUAUCAA